AUGGACGUAUAUGGUGCUUAUAAGUCUCAUCUGGACUUGCUGGAGGAUGAAGAGCGAACAGUUCUAGAGCUUAAAGGAGCUCUCGAAAUUCCCCCUCAGGCAGUACAAGAUGAGCUGAUUGACGCUUUCUUCUCCUGGGUCGCCCCUGUAUUGCCUGUUGUCAACCAGAGAGUCUUUCUGUCCAUGUAUAAGGAUCCUCUAAAUCCUCCUUCCCUUCUUCUUUUACAAGCCAUAUUCCUCGCAGGGUCGCGGGCUGUUAGGGAGAAAAAUCACGGAAAGGAAUUAUCGCCCGGCGCUCAUAGCUCAAUGGUAUAUCUUCAAAGGGCAAAGGCUCUUUACGAUGCAGAGUUUGAAAAGGACCAUACUACAGUAGUACAAGCGUUACUGCUGAUGAGCUGGUAUUGGCAGGGGACAGAAGGUGAGUCUGUCGGUCUCUCGAAAGCUGGUAUCAGCUAA